ACCGGGGAAAUCAGACGAGCGCUUGAAAACGCAGGCGGGUUUUCACGUGAGGGUUGAAUGACGGAGCCUCGGAGCAUCUCUGGAUAUUUUCCUCCUCACCGGGAAGUGACGGAGUUUGAGCUCCAUUGUUUGAGGGGGGGGAGCCACUAUUCACUGCCAGCACAUGUUCUGGAAGGAGGGGCCUUAGACUGAACGAGACCAUACCAGGCAAGCCUAAAAAACCCAAACCUGAUUUGUGUCUGGUGCGAGUCUUCUUUACGGACCUGGAUGAAAUGCCUUGACCUCACUUCUGCCGCACCAUGGCGGGUUUAGUCUCCUCUGUGGGUUUGGUGCUGAUGCUCAAGGCUCUUGAGCGAGGCCAUGGCCAGCGUGCAGUGUUUCUGGGGAUGACGGUGUUGGUAACACUGAUUGCGGCUGACUCACCUGUUGCAGAUGAGUCUCUGUUACACCCCACACACCACGCCAUGGGACUUCUUGGAGAGGUUACAAGUUCAGGAUUACCACCUUCUCAUUUACCAACCUCAUAUCACACUGCCUUUGAGAGUCUAGACUCACCUGGUCAACCUAACCAUGAAGCUGGGACUGCUGACAUUCUCUUUCAGCGGGGACAUGUUCCUUCUGAAAGCUCCAACUCCUUCACGCCAAGUGACUUCCCUGCAAAAGAACCAUAUCCCCUUUCCACUCCAUCAUUAAGCCCAUCUGAACAUGCACUAGGGUCUAGUCCACAAUUUGAGGAACCGGCUAAUCCUCCCCCAGACUGGAGGCUGGCCAGGAUAAAUUCUGCCAAGCAAUCUUCCUCUCUCCCUCCAACUCUUACGAGAGCCCAGCUACAGCCUCAGUCAAAUAUAUCCUUAACAUCAUUAAACCCUACAACAUCUCAGCUCAGCUUUAAUUCUGAGCAGGAAGCUCUAGAUGCAACUCUCAUGGCUCUCACCAAGGAGCAGGGUGGCGCUUCAGAGCAAACCCCAACAAUCAUGAGCUCACAGCCUGGUCAGCCUCUUGAGCCCCCUAAUCUGGCUUUCGCUGACUUUCUGGCAGAUGAAUCUUACAGUAAAACCUUUGACGUGCCCCAGCUGAGCCCCAGCAGUGCCCCCUUGAAAGAGAACAAACCAGCUCAUGGCAUAAAUAUUCUACCCAGCUCAAACGAGUUUCUGGCCCCUGGCUACAAUGUGCCUUUCAUUGCCCCCCACCUUACAUCACCUUUAUCUGAACCCACUGAGGUCUCUCCAGAGGAGUUCUACCCCACCAACACCAUGGACUUCGACUGGGGGUCCGGUGACUACUUGGAGACAAUGUCAUUCCUAAAUGCAGAUGGAGAUGACUACUCUAUGGUCACCAAGGUACCCUCUGACUCAUAUGAUGGAGAGGACUAUACAGAAAGCUAUGAUACCUCUUUCCCUUCCAGAGUGGGCAUAUUUCCUUCUUCCUUGAAUCCCCUUCACAUCUCACCCUCUCCAAGCCUUGUGACAGCAUACAGUACCAGCGUUCCUCUAAAAUCCAUCCACCCUUCCUCUUCUUCCUCCACAAUUCAUUAUACACUGGAACCUACACCCACAGCUAACAGUGAUAUACCUGAUGCCUCGGACAUAGAUUGGCUUGAUACUUUCACAAUCCAACCAACAGAUGUCCUCUUACCUGACAUGAACAGCCUGGAGUAUUACACCAUUCAGUUGACUAAGGAGAACAGUGGUUCAGACUCUGGAGCUGAACACAGAGGGAAUGUUACAGUGGUGUCUCUUACUGCUACAGACGUCACACCCAGCAGCAGCUCUACCAAUGAUACCAAACUGACUGAGGAAGAGUCGUCCAGUGAUCUGUCAGGGUUUGAGCCUCAUCAUGAAUCAACUGUAGUAGUAACCACAGAGCAGAGUCCUCAGCUGGUCAAUGUCUCUGAGCCGUUGCUGGACCUGUCAGUAGUCCCAAGCCACUUCUUUGAUCUCUCUUCCUCCCUCUGGGGUGGUAAGGUAUCAACCACAGACUGGUCUGCACCUACAGUUGGCCUGGACAGCACUGUACUAACAGAAGCUAUACUACCCAGUGCCACGUCAUCGCUGCCAGAUUAUGUAUUAUCUUCCUCCUCUAUGCAAGAUGUCCAUUGGUUUGUUACAGAGGAAUUCGUACAAAGUACCAUGCACACCACUCCUGUGUUAACAUCAACAAUAGCCUUCUCUCCUGGCUCAACUGAACCUGUUACCAACACAACUGCUAGUGCAACCGGCUCUACUCCCCAACACUCAUCUUUCACAACUGAACAAACUCAUGAUAUCAGUGUAGUUUCAACCAAACCCACAACGAAUGUGACUAUCAGCCCCCCGUUCAUCUUGGGUGAUCAGGGGGUAGAAGAUGAAGUUGACAACCCAGCCACCAUGACCUUGAUCCCAAAUAGCAGUGAAGCUAAAACGAUUGCUGCUGUACCAUCAACUACAACUGCCACCAUGGAUUCUCAUCAACCCACAACUAAAAUCACUGCCACCACUGAAGCCUCAACUAGUAUCAGCGUCACCCCUACGACAAGUGGAAAGACCACAUCUACAGCACCAACAUCAAGACAAUAUCUCUGCAAUGUCAACAGUACUGAUUAUUUAGUCAAAAUUGGUUUUCCCUCCGGGGCCACUGUUGGAUAUGCCAAAUCUCAAAUCAGAGACAUACUGAAAGUAGAAUUCAACAAGUCUGUGGAGCUGCAGGUUGUGGACCCACCACCAAAGUUUAUGUUUCGGGUGGUGUCUGGCCCAGUUGUGUACACAGCCAUAUCUGUCAUCAACACUCUGCGAAGGUCUGGGCGCCGCUUCCUGUCUGUGUCUCCCAACUGGACAACACCAGAUAAUAAAUAUCAAGUCCACACAGUGCUGCAGUUUGUUCCCAGUCACAUUGAUGUGCGGUUCUGCAACUUCAGUGAGAGCAUUAAGAAAGGUUUGACCAUGGCCUUUGCAGAAUUGCGUCGCCGCUCAAAGGAGUCAACAAACUUCACAGUGCACAUUGUAAACAUAACCAUGGAUGCUCCAAAAUACCAGGAGCAGCGGCUAGUGAGGCAGCCGGUGGACAUUACCUUCACUGUGCGUGGCUCUAGGGAAUAUCUGAUGGGGUCCGAGGUCAGCAACGCUCUGAUGAAGCUCACCAUGGUGGAAUUCAGCUAUUACAUGGGCUUUCCUGUACUGCAGAUUGCUGAACCUUUCCAUUAUCCAGAGCUGAACACCAGCCAGUUGCUUCGGUCCUCCUGGGUUAGAACAGUGCUCUUGGGUGUACUUGACCAGAAAGUGGAAGAAAGAACUUUCCAAGCCAACAUGGAGCGUCGAGUGGCCAUGUUACUUGGCGAGGCGAUGGGACAAGUCAGACGUGUUAAGAGAGCCACCACCAUAGGCAACAGCAGCGUGCAGGUUGUGAGUGCGAGCCGGCUGCAGGGUGAGGACCACCCCUUGGAGAUAGUGUAUUUUGUGGAGGGUCCCAGUGGUCAGCGAGUGCCUGCAGUCCAAACAGCCGACAUACUCAAUAACCUGGAUGUUCAAAGGGCGGCCAUCGUCUUGGGAUAUCGUGUCCAGGGUGUUUUGGCACAGCCUGUAGAGAAAGUGACGUCUUCACCCUCCGACAAAGAGAACACCAACAUGUGGAUCGUCAUCGGGGUGGUGAUUCCCCUCCUCGUCGUCAUCGUCAUCAUUUCAAUCCUCUACUGGAAACUGUGUCGUACAGACAAGCUGGAAUUCCAGCCAGACGCCAUGACCUCCAUCCAGCAGCAGAGACAGAAGUUGCAGGCUCCCAGUGUAAAAGGCUUCGACUUUGCCAAGCUGCACUUCGGCCAGCAGAGUAAGGAUGAUGUCAUGGUGAUCCAGGAGCCGAUGCCGUCAGGGCCUGGCCCCGGGUCCCUCCCCCUGUCCAUUAAAGAUGGCCUCAGUCCCUCUGAGAACGGAGAAAUCCCCACGCCCAUAUCGAAAAACUCAGCCUCCUCCACCAAGGCGUCCCGCAGCGGCCGAAGGCGAGAAAGAAUCUCUCCGUCAGACGGUGACUCGGUGGUAAGUGACCAUUCCAGUGUGCAGGAAUCAACUGAGGAGAACCUGAGAGCCCAAGCCACGCCAAACGACGGCAGGCAGACCCGCAAGGUCCCCAUCAAUGUUUUAAAUGGUCCUCCACCCAUGAACGGUACGAGCGAGCAGCUGUCAUCAGCCGCCAUCUUUGAACACGUCGAUCGAAUGUCUCGCGCCACCGACUCGAGCAGAAGGCUCCCAAAUAAAGUCCAGCUCAUCGCCAUGCAGCCCAUACCUGUCCCACCGCUGCACAGCCCACCUGUCAACGGCAAACUGUCAGACGCCAACCAAAUCGACAAAGAGAUCCAGGUAGCAUUGAGGCACAAGUCAGAAAUCGAGCACCACCGCAACAAAAUUCGUCUGCGGGCCAAGAGGAAGGGCCACUAUGACUUCCCCACCAUGGAUGACGUGAACAGUGGCCUCACAGACAUGAAGGACCAGGAUCGCAUCUAUCAGAAAGCACAGAUGCAGAUUGAUAAGAUUCUGGAUCCGGACACUCAGAUGCCCUCCAUCUUCAUGGAAUCCAAGAAAAGUGGUCGAGGGAGGCGCUCUCCCAAACAGAGGAUGAAGGAUCAGCUGAAUGGAGGCAUGAUGGACGCAGACAAAGACCACCUGAUCACUGAAGACAGCGAUGCAGCUUACAGAAAGUGUCCUGGGGUCAACAAUGUGGCUUACGUAUCGGACCCCGACCAAGGCCCAGUGUCCCCUUACGGGAGCCCCUCCCCCACUGACGACGUCUUCCUGGGUCCCACCUCUUCUCCUCCAGGUCACGCACCUCCCCCACCGCCCUACAUGCCCCCGCAGCCCUCCAUCGAGGAGGCGCGGCAGCAGAUGCACUCGCUGCUGGACGAUGCCUUCGCCCUCGUGUCGCCCACGUCUCAGGGCAGCACAGCAGGCAUCACUCUCCCAGGGGUCAACAGCAACCCCCCGAGCUCCAGCCCUCCAGGCCGGGGCCCCAGGCCUUGGGGUCCUGCUUAUCCCCCUUUCCCUGGUAGGUUCAGCGAGCUGGCUCUGUCCCCUCCUCCAGUCCAAGGCCUGACACCAAGACAGGGCCUUGGCUCCAGCUACCUGCCACCAGGAGAAACAGCAGGCCUCAGCGAGCAGUUCCAGUCAGACAGCCUGUACUCCAGCAGGGGGCUGUACGCUGAUGAGCUCCCUUCAUCUGCAAGACCGAGACCAGUGGGGGGAACUACAGGCGCCCAGCUCCAUCAUCUCACACAAGUGGGACUGUCCAGUCGGAUCAACGGUUACCCAGCAGGGGUCAGAGCUGCUCCGGGCCAGAAUGGAGGCAUCGGCUGGAACCACUACCACGAUGAUAACUUCUCCAGAGCAAAGGCUGAAAAAGAUGCAUUCCUGGACUGUCCUGACUACUCAUGCUCCCCUAUCUUCCAGAUGCCUAGAAGUGGUAUGAGGGAGCCCUCGGCGCCCCCUGCCCUCCUAGAUCCCCCUGUGGGGGGCUACAUGUCAGCCCCACCGCCCCUGGAUCCUCCCACCCACUCCUCCGCCUCCCUGAUCAAGGCCAUCAGGGAGGAGCUGUUGCGUCUCUCCCAGAAACAGGCAGCUAUGCCCGGCUACCACAGCUGAAGCCCCGGCCUUCUGUGCCGUAGCUCUAACCAGUCAUGCCACUGACCCUGCCUGCCUGCUUCUCCUGAUCUGACAAUGCUUCCCAUGGAAGUCCCCUGAGGGUGUACAGCAGAGAGAUCCAGUCCUGCUAACGUUUCUAAGUGAAGAGGCCGCUCUCGUGAAAAAACUGAAUGACAGGAUGUUUGACACAGAAUGAGAUCAGCUGCCGUGUCAAACGAGAGACAGUUGUGAAAUGAAGAACAAUUUGAACAGUAUUCUUUAAAUGCUGGAUGAGAGGACGUAUAUAUUUCCGUGGAUCAGGGAAGGAUCCCGCCGAGUUCUGGCCGCUGUGGAUCCACAUGAAGGACUUUCGUUUUCAGAUUUUGCUGCAUUUCUUUCAGACUCAGUAUUCUGUGUCAUGGUUUCAUUCCCAUGCUGCCUUCACUUAACAGACAUACCCUACAUGAAAACAGCUAAUCCCCUUUUACUGUGUCACUUUACCUGCCAUCCAGGUAUUUGUUGUUUUCCAUCACAGGCCCUUAACUUCCUUCUAACCAUCAGGUGCUACUUCAUGUUUUCUGCCAUGAUGAGCCAAUGCCUUGACAAUGUGACGUAGCUCACUCCCGACCCCAGCUACUGUACAAUCCUACAGUAAGGUCAAAGUUCACAGCCAGCGAGCCAGUUCAGACAGUAGGCACAGACGGGCAUCCACAGAGACUAAUAACAUUAACACUACCUAUUCAUUCCUUACUUAACUGAAGUAGCACAGAUUUAUUCUGGGUUAGUAUUUUUUUUAUGACGGUAUGUAAUUGUUUCUUUUUUCAUGCUAACGUCCCGUCUCGUACCUUGUUUUUGUUUGUUUAUGUUUUAACAGACAACUUGACAAAAUGGCCUUGGAACACAAAAAUCUUCAAACAUGUUUUCCAAGACGAAUAUUAAAUUAGAAAAUCACACAUUAGAGCAAAUACCUCCGCCAAGGUCAAGCCGCACCAAAUCUGUCGGUUUGUACAAACAGUAGUUCUUCAGGGUUUCAGCUGGGUCUUAAAAACAUUUUUUUAAGGCCUUAAAAAGUUGUGGCUCAGAUAAUCCUUCUUAUCUGUUGUACUCAACAUAAGUCUUAAAGUUCAUUCAUUAUGGUCUAGCAGUCUUGAAUCUAACUAAACCUGGAGAAACCCUGUUGAUCCAUAUAGACUGUUGAUUCAUGGCUGAAUCCACAUUAUCUCAACAGCACAUUGGUGGUAGCUAAAGGUUUGUAGCCCAAUUUAAACCUGAAUAUUCCCUGCAAAGAAAUUUCCUGGAUCUGGAACUAUUUUUGCAGAUUCUCGCCAAAAUGUGGUGAGUUCUUUUUUUGGCCCGUUUUCCAUCCUGCCACCAAGUUGUGUGGAAAUCUGCUUUCGUAGGUUUUGUGUAAUCCUGCUAACAAACAAAGAAACAAAUGAAUUACGACAGUAUGUACUUGACAAUUACGUACAGUUAGCGCUGUAUGAUCUCAGUAUUUGGCUGUAAUAGAUGCACUGUAUGCAGACUACUUGGUACAGCUCAGGUCUUUAAAGAAAGAGAGAUUGCUAAUGGACAAAUCAGUAUAAAGACACUUUGAUAGGUCACGUGGAUGAAAUGCAAAUGAGGGAAAGUCAUUUAGUUUUAACAUUAUCCUGAAUUAACUUUUUACAGAAUCAACCCUCUCUGUUUCAUGCAGUAUUUAAAGUUUGCUUUGCCUUGUUGACAGCACAGGAAGGAGAGUAACAUGUAUUUGUUGUCACUUAUGUUCGUGUUCAUGUGCUUUUUACAUUUUCUUUGGAUUUAACUUGUCUCCUGUAAUGUUCACCUUAAAUGUCUCAUAGUCAUCCUACUGGUUGGAAACCUUUUUUUUUUUUUGGACAUCACCUUCCCCUGAUAUUUUGUGAUGUUCUGGGACCUGAAGUUAUAUUUUAUUUAAACAAAAUAAAAGAAAGAAAAUUACUGAAUUUAAAGGCAGGGCCUGGAAAUAUGUGUUUGGACUGUGUUACCAGUAUUAAGUGGUGGAUUAUAAAUCUUCCUAACGUGAGCACCAACCGUUGGCAGUGAGUUGACUUUUUUUUAUUACAGAUAUUACCAAAGCGUAGUUCCAUCUUUUUUCAUUGUUUUCAAUCUGAUGUGCCUUUUGGACUCACCUGAACAGAUUGGGGGGGGUGCAGACGUCUCCUGUGCCGUCAUGUUGAAGAUUACCAAGUUAAAUAGUUAUUUCCAGAAUGGUCGUUAAUAUUCCAUAAUAGCUUUGAUCUGUUGGUGCUUUGGAAACUGAAAUGAAGGUGAUCAAACAUUGCAGUCGUACGGAGCUUUCAUCCUUAUUGUGCAUUUCACUGUUUUUCAUGUUUUGUGUCACCGACCUCACACUGUAUGCCUCCAUCUGCUGGUUGUGUACUGUAACAACAGCCUGUCUACUCGUGCUCAUCUUGUUGCUUUUUUUAAAUUUGAUUUUAUAGUUUUUUCAUCUGUUUUUACCUGUUGUACUUUGUGCAAAUAUCUGUUGGCUGGCCCAAUGUUACGUUUUUUGACUGAUGCUGGCUGCAUGCUUCAUUAUUGUGUUUCUUUUGCUGUUGGUUUUGUGCAUGCUGUUCUCAAUUUCAUGAAAUACAAAAAGAAACUUUCACGUGAUGUGUCUUUGAAUUUUAAGCAAAUUACAUUAGUGUUUUUUGUUUGAACAGCUUCAACACAUUAUUUCAUCCAUCUAGGUUUUCUUAAUUUUUUUUUAAAUGCGUAUUUGGAGGUAUUGCACUUACCACAAACAACCAGAAGGUCGCAGCACAUUACAAGAAAUUCCUCUGCUUUAAUGCUCCGUGGCUGCAGAUGAUGUAACCAGCUCCCAGGAUGUUUUGUGUGAGUCUCUGAAAGGAGGUUGUGUUGUGUUAUCUUUACUCAAGAAUAUGCCAUGAAAUAUUUACCUGGAAUAUUUAUUGUUAUGCAACUCUGACAGUAGAUACCGGAUCCCAUUUUAGAGCAGUAUUCUUUCGGUAUACAUAACUAAAUGUUAGAAGACAACAAGGCAGCGUUUCUAGUGAUUGUCUAGUUCUAGUAGGAAGAUGUCUGAAAACCUAAAUGAUUUAAUUGUCAUGAAACAGUUAAAGAAAGGGAAA